CUCACAGGAAACGCACCGGGAACGACACCUCUAACAUGAAUAAGAAUCGAACAACCCGGUCUAAACGACCUAAUAAAACGACGCGUCGCGGCGGAAUCAAACACCGCGCUCGCUUGGAGUACAAACGACGCAUUCGCGAGUUACAAGAGCAAUUGGCGCUUGGGAUCCCGCAAGCCUCCAGCCAUCCGGGCGAACCUUGUUAUUCCCCGUUGUCGGAAGCCUCCACCCUCGACCUUGGACACCGAGAACCAGACGUCGAAGUUAUUGAUUUAACAAACGACAGUGAUUGCGAAUCUACCGUACUUGUCAUACAGCCGCCUCUAUCGCCAAUUCCUUUUAUCGAUACGAACCAGGCCGCCAAGGUCCAUUCCCAUCAGGAGAUACCUACGGAGAUAUUAUCUCGAUACAUAAGCGAACUACCUAAUAUUCAGAAUAAUCUAAUUCCUACUGAUAUUUAUAAUUGGUGCGCUCAAAUGCAAGCAGUGUAUAACAGUCACGAAUAAAUACUCAUAGCUGCCUAAAUCUUGGCAUCCGCUCAUUUCUCCUACUUUCUCAUUACGCCUGCCCCUACCGAGUCGCUACGGUUGUAGGAACGUGUAUUCGUUCGCCAACCCUCUGGACGAUUCGGCGGACCCACCUGAAGGAAAUAACGUUAUAAUCCUACCGGCAACGCUUCAUCCUACGUCGAUAAUACUUACCUUACGCGCUCCACUUUACCUACAGUCGGGGAUACCUGCUGCCGGUACGUCCUAUACUCACCUUCCCUAUUCCAAACGACGUUCUGAGCCGCUCCAGGACGCCGUUCCUCCCCGUCUGUAACAUAAAAUUGGUGACAGCGGUGGGAUCCGUAACACUUAUUGGUCAAAUUUUACUCGUAAACUAACCGAUUUAUUAAAUUCACAAUGAGUACUAAGCCAAGACAGGGUGUACACACACGCUCCGCAGAAGGAACGGAAUAUUCCGCGGAAGAACUACAGGUUCUUGCCGAACAAGUACAGCAAAAGGAAAGAAGACUACGGGAACAAGAGCAACGUGCGGAGCAGGAACGACAAGCAUUGGAGAAGAGACUCCAAGAAAGCCAGCUGAGGCUGGACCAGGAGCGAGACGACCUCACCCAAGAACGUACAGAGAUGAUUCAGGAGCAUGAACAAUUGAGAAGUGCAGUCCAAAAUUUGAUGGCAGAGGUCAGAGAAUUGAGAAGUCGCCCAGUAGACCCUGACCGUACUAGUUUCCAUCAACCUCCCAACGAAGGCCGCGCUAGAAUAGAAGAAAUAACAAGAGAAUUUUUACCAGGGCCGUCACAAAUUUCUACAAAUUCCGAAGUCUCAUCCGGAAUCCACAAGCGAGUCAAGGAGGCCGCAGACGGCAUACAGACGUUCGACGGCAUGCGCCAGUUAGUUAUUCCCUUUUGUGAAUCGUGCUAUCGUGCACGAGAUUACUUACCUUCAAGUGACGAGCCCCUUUUAGUAAGAACAAUUCUAAACAAAUUGCGCGGACAAGCUUACAGAAUAGUCGGUCGUUCCCAGUUCAAUUCGGUCAGCGAGUUAUGCAACAAAAUCCGAAAGUUAUUCUCUCCUUUUAAGAGUGCGAAUUAUUACCGUGGUGAACUAAGCAGGACAUUCCAAACGCCAAAUCAAAGUGUCCUCGACUUCGCCAUCAAGAUACGAGAGUUGCGCGAUCUAAUUAUGGACGGUGACCAACAGCGAUACGGAACGCUCGAUCACCGAACCGAGCUCGAAAUACAGAAGGAAGCAAGCGAAGCAUUUAUCCAAGGGUUAUUACCCGACAUCGCCACACGACUGAGGAUCGAAGGAUACGAUACGCUGGACGACGCAAUCGAAAAGGCGAUCAAGAUUCACACGGAAAUUCAGGAUGAACAUGCGCGUUUCAGGCGUGGAUACGAGCAGCACGAUAGAAAUCCAAGAUACAGGAACUACGAUAGAAACGCAGAUCCUCGACAUCGCACAGAACCACCCAAGCCGGAAAGACCUCGAGAAGACAAGCCUCGCUACGGCAACAAUAAUUACGGUAACGGGAGCAAUUACCUAAACAACUACAACAAUGGGAACGGUUAUAGAGGUCGCAACGAAAGAUUCGAUACAUCACGGCCCAACAAUUACAACGAUCCGGGGAAAAGAAUACCCGAAAAGCAAUGCAGAUAUUGCAAAAAUCCUGGCCACACGAUCGAAGAAUGUAGGAAGUUGAAAGCUCGAAGGGAAUAUGAGCAGAAUCAACAACGACCGGGAAACACCCACGGCCCGUCGCCGAACCGCGUGGGACAGGGCCCAUCAAAUCAAAACCGCGGUACGUACCCGAUAGCAAGGGGGAAAAAUCCACCCAAGGAUCCACCUGUAAAGGAGACAUCGCAGAAGCAGAAGGAAGACACGGAUCAGGAAGAGGAGGAAAUCCCAGAAGAGGGCAUGUUGAGCCCACUAUUCGAGUAA